CGAACUAGUCAUGGCGAAAGUUGUUAAUCCUGAUGACGUUUACAAAGAAUGUCAAAUAAAUAUCAAGGAUAACAACAAACAUCCAGAAGGAAAAUACUGGACGAGGAUCGAGAAACGACAAUGGGCUGUUGGCUUAUUUUUAGGCACUGCCAUGCUCUACUCAUCUCGGACAAUAAUGCCUCUGGCUGUCGUGUCAGUGUCAGAAGAGAUGGGGUGGGAUAAAACUGAAUCAGGAACUGUCUUGUCAGCAUUUUUCUGGGGUUACACAAUGACUCAGUUCCUGGGUGGUUAUUUGAGUGAUCGCAUUGGUGGAGAUGUCGUUAUACCGACAGCGGCAUGUCUGUGGGGUCUGAUAACAUUUUGGACACCCCAGUUAGCAUACGCAGCCUCCGAUAAACAUUCUGCUUUAUAUAUAGUAGUUUUAACACGAGCUCUACAGGGAAUAUUUCAAGGUCUACAUUAUCCCAGUAUGACCAGCUUAAUAUCUCGUAAAGUUAUGGAACGGGAACGCUCUUUUACAUACAGCACUGUUGCAACUGGAUCCCACUUUGGAACAUUAUUAACAGGCAGUUUAGGCUCCUUUUUAUUAGAUAGAUAUGGUUGGCAGAUGCCAUUUUAUAUUAUUGGGUCGUGUAGUUUGAUUUGGAUGCUGUGUGUACGGUAUUUUUUAAUCAACAGACAUCGUAAAAAUUACGCAAUGGUUCGACUGGAUGACGCUCCGUCACAAGCUAAGUUUAGAGGUCAACCAGCUGUACCCUGGGUUUCUCUAUUUACUAAACCUGCCUUCUGGUCCAUUAUUGUUGGUCAUUUCUGUGAAAACAAUGCAUUUUAUAUUUUAUUGUCAUGGUUACCUACAUAUUUUCAUGAAAAUUUUCCACAUGCCAGGGGUUGGGUGUUUAAUGUUGAACCAUGUGUUUGUAUUUUUACAGGGUUGGGUGUUUAA